CCUUUCUUUCUUUCUUUCUUUAUUUUUUUCUUCUUGUAAAUAAUGUCUAAUACAGAAAUAACGUGUUUUAUUUAUCCAACUACAUACAAUAUCAUCUUACCACCUACACCUACAUCAAGUGACGAUGAAUUUGAGAAUGAUAUCAAAAGGGCAUCUCUUGCAGACCUUAUACCCAUAGCAUCAGCGGCCCUCAGAGCCAAACAACAAGAACAGCAACAGGAAUCACCCUUGGCUAGAGCCAUAACCAAAGUCAAGAUCGGAGUGCAGACACAAAGGCUAAAAGAAAAAUAUUUAUCCAAUGAAUGGAUACGAUUGGCUUUAAAUAUACCAGUAGACGAAUCUACCAUUAAUGAUACCACAAUCUGUGCUAUGAGAAAGAGAACAAAAGAAAUCGUUAGAUGGUAUGAAUGGAAAUAUAAAAAGCUAAGGUUGUCCAUACAAGAACUUGAAUCUAUCGUUGACGAACUAAGAAAGCAAAGGCUAAGAAGACGUCAUCAAGAAUAAAACUUUUUUUAAAAACUUAUGCUUUAUAUAAUUUGACUUUUUUUCAGAUUACUGGCACACAUUACAAAAUCAAUGAUAGUUACACUUUAGUUGAUUAUCAAUCUUUUUCUUUAUUGUUUCUAACUUGGCGACAUGUAAUACAUAAAGUGAUCUUUGUCUUUUUGAGACUUGUAUAAUGUGAUCAACACUAUAAAUAACACGUAACUGAAAGGCUGUUAAGGUCUCUGGUUUCUUUUCUUUUCUUCUUUAGACCAAAAAGUAAGACCAGCU